CACCGCUGACAUCAUUUGUUAGCGGUGAACAAUGGGGAUGACUAUUUCUGCACGAGAGUAAAUUCGUUACUGUGCUACUCCAAAAGUGUACUCGUAAGCAAAGAGCAACCAACCACCAUAAGUUUAGGAUUUCUAAAUAAACGAGGAUUACCAUCACCAGCGGGCUUCAAUAGCUCAGCACUGAAUACGAAAUGUCGAUGGAUGUGAAAGAGAAACAGUUGACUAUAGAUGAGGCUCUGGAACGGACGGGUUUUGGAAAGAUUAACAUUGGCAUCAUUAUAAUUUCCGGCUUUGUCCUUGUAAAUGUUGUUCUCGAAUCAGUUGGCAUUAGCUUUGCGCUGCCAGUCUUAGAAUGCGACUUGAAUCUAUCACACCAGGAACAGGGUGUAUUGGGUGCUGUGUCCUUUGCCGGCGUCAUUGCGAGCUCACACUUUUGGGGAUUUCUAGCCGAUACAACGGGUCGCAAGCGGAUAAUGCAACCGACUUUACUUCUAGGAUACGUAGUGACAAUAUGCUCUAGUCUGUCACCUAAUUUUUUGACAUUCGCCAUACUGCGAUUUAUUAGUGGAAUACUUGUUUCUGCUAGUUCGGCGACAAUUUUUGCCUACCUUGGUGAGUUCCACUGCCAAAAAUAUCGCAACCGUGCAAUACUGAGUGGAGCUUUAAUGACUGCGAUUGCAGCUGUAUUUUUCCCCAUUAUCGCUUGGUUCUUCAUCAAUCAAGAUUAUGAAUUCUAUGUGCCCUACAUCGAUAUUACUUAUAAGCCUUGGCGUUCCUAUUUCCUCGCCUGUGGUUUGCCUGGUUUUCUAUGUGGUUUGGCAUUGUUUUUCUUGCCAGAGAGUCCGAAAUAUUUACUCUCUUCCGGAAAGCCUGAUGAAGCUCUUGAGGUGCUCCAGCUUAUGCACCGGACAAAUAUCAAAAACAAGGGACUUCAAAAAGCAUUCGAGGACAUUACUUUGUUGCCAGAUGGCGAUACACCAAUUUCUAAAGUAAAUGGAUCCGGCAAAGGCAAAAAUCUGCUAACAUCCAUAAUGAAAUCGAUGUGGCAACAAACAGCACCUCUUUUUAUGCGGCAACACAUCCGGAAAACGUUUUUAUCUAGUCUCAUUUUGUUCAUCAUAUUCUUUAGUGCCCAUGGAGUGUACAUGUGGUUCCCAUACAUCCUCAACAUCACCAUGCAAUAUACAGACAAGUUUUCAGAACCCAAGAGCAUUUGUGACAUUAUUAAAUUUUCGCAAGCGGAAAACCUUACAGCCGCCACAGAUGAUAAUGAGCGCUGCGUAACUCAUCUGGAAAUUUCCACCUAUCAACACACUAUAAUGCUGGAAAUUAUAUAUGUGUCUCUUCUAUUGACCGCUAUGUAUGCAAUCAGCAAAUUUGGACGCAAACCCAUCCUUUUCGUAAUCCUUGCUGCAUGCGGAAUUUGUGGCAUUCUAGCUUUCUGUAUAAAGACGCCAUUGUUGGCUAUUUACCUCUUUGUCGUUGAACUGUGCUGUGGCGUGGGCAUUACUGUGGUUAAUGCUAUUGUGGUAGAAAUAUUUCCAACGAAUUUAAGAGGUAUGGCCGUUUGCAUUUCACUCAUGCUGGGCCGCAUAGGCAGCGUCUCGGGAUCCAGCAUUUUGGGUGCAUUAAUCAAAACUCAUUGCGAAAUAGCACUUUUCAGCCCAUCAGUAGCGCUCAUCAUAGCCGGCGUUUUGGGAUUUUUUAUACCGAGAGCUGAUAACGCGCCAAAAGCAAAAAUGGAUCUGGAAAAUACUCCAUAGCAUGGGGCAAGUUGGCCUCUAACAUAUUCUAUAAGCAUCAAACAUGUUUUAAGAUAGACAAAAGUUAAUCUAAACAAAUUGAAAAUAAUAUCGUUGCUUAAUGAAAAAAAUAGAAUAUAAUACAACUAGCCGCUGCCUUGAUAAAAGCUGCUAACUCCUUUUGGUAAAAUUUUACAUUAGAGCUAAAAAGCGUCAUUUAGUAAUAACUACGCACUACCUUCAGUAAAUUCCUAUACAAAUAACAUUUUUUAACACCUACUCUUUUUAUUCACCAAAGAAAAAAUAAUAUUUUUUUAGCUUCAUUUUUCCAUUAUAAUUAAAAAAGUGUGCGUUAUAUAGACCGAAAAGUUGAGUUAGCAGAUUUUACCGCGGCGGCGCCGUUC